AUGCGGCGCAAGCUGCCGCCCAUCCCCGACCACGAGCUGAGCGCGCUCGCGGCGUGCGCGUUCCCCGACUCCAAGGCGGCCCACGACAAGUUCAGCGCCGGCCUCGGGCCGGCCACGAGGAGCCUGCUCGCCGGGCCGGUGCGCUGCGUCUCGUCCCGGGAGCGCUCGUGGGGGCUCGGGCCUCGCCAGCUGCAAGCGUAUCGCUCCGAACCGGUGGCUGUGGGCGCGCUGCAACGCGACUCGCUCCGACUCGAACCGGCACGGCUCGGCGCCGCGCAGCUCGACUCGUUCCGGUCGUACUCGCCGCUGCGACAGACGUCGCUCGACGACAUUCUGCCGCGCACCUCCAACCUCAUGCUGGCGCGCCAGAGCGCGAGCGAGACGAACCUGCGCAAGAUCGCGUUGGGCGCAGACCCCGUCCCGCGGCCCGGCUCCGCGCUCGGCCUGCUGCAGGCGUCCAGCGUCGUGAGCAGCUCGGGCAUGCGCUCGGGCCCCGGCAUCAGCGCCGCCGACCUGACGCGCACCACCUCCGUGUACUCGUCGCCGCUGGCCGACCUGGCGUCGUGCCUGCCACCGGACCUGCGCCACCUGCUGGGCUCCACGGGCAUCGCGGACACCGUGUCGUACGGCAAACAGGAGCAGCUGCGAGACGAGAUCAAGUCGGCGGUGUCGGACCGCCGCCGCCUGCUGGGCCAGGACAAGGAGCGCGAGGCGCGGCUGCGGCGCGACCGCGAGAGGGACGCCUUCGAGGCGCUGCGCGACCCGCUCAAACGGUGCGUACCCCCGCCGCCCGCUCCCCCC